UGUAGUAGCACGCACAGGCCGCGCGCUUUAAAGUCAGACGUUUCGAAAAGGAUUCUGUAUAAAAUCAGCAGCUUCAUGUCGGGUCUGCUGGAUAUUAACACACCGAUGCUAUGGUUACCUUUAUUACGAUCUUACAGGUGAAUCUAGUGAUGUCAGUGGUGCUGUCUGUGAUGUUCCUCGCGUACCUCUUUGGUAUCCAGGCAACGGACAUAGGGCGUCAGCAGGCCCCACCCACCCAGGACCCCAUCAACUCCCUGAUCAUCCAACUACUGCAAGAGGACCUGACCCGUGCCCAGAGGAGGCAUGAGAAUUCAGAGGACCUGACCCAUGCCCAGAGGAGGCAUGGGGACACAUGGGAAAGGCAGGGUAAGAGCCAGGACAGGGGAGACCAGAACCAACUUACCAUAGUGGGCCGCCCCACACUCCACACACGCCUAGAUGACAACUUCCUAGAGAGGAGGAGCUCCUUAUUCCAACCAGUGGGAGGGCUUUCAUCAGACCUGCUGCAAAAGCAGAAACGAUUCAACUCUCCUCGGGUCCUGCUGAGUGAGCGGGCGCCACUCCAGCCCCCCCCCCUUUACCUCAUAGAUGACUAUGUGAAGAGCAGCGAUGGAGUCAACAAGACUCGAAGGAAGAGGUAUGCUGAGCACAAGAGCUACCGAGGGGAGUACUCUGUUUGUGACAGCGAAUCAACCUGGGUGACUGACAAGAUAAACGCAGUGGACAUUAAUGGUCGUCAGGUCACUGUUUUGGGUAAGAUAAAGACAGGGAUUACUGACAGUUCCUUCGUAAAACAGUACUUCUACGAGACCAAAUGUCGGACUGACAAGCCCCAUAAUAGUGGCUGCCGCGGCAUUGAUGACAAGCACUGGAACUCGCAGUGUAAGACAUCUCAGACGUAUGUCAGAGCUCUGACCAAGGACCGAACUGCGGUUGGCUGGCGAUGGAUACGAAUAGACACUUCCUGUGGCUGCGCAUUGUCACGGAAACACCCCGCGAGACGUAAAGUCACAUAACCCAAUCACUGAGAUAUGAUUGGAUGCAUUUCGUCAUGGAAGCUGUACAUAUAAAUUAUUAUUUAAGUUAUAUGAAAUGCAUGUAGGCUAUACAGGAUGUAGAGCGUUUGUGCUAUUUAUUGAACUCAUCAUCAAAAUUAAAAUAGAAAAUGAAUGAAACCUAUGAACUCCUAUGAGAGUCGACGAUGCGUUUCUUUAGCCACUACACAGACUCUACAACACUGGUUGGAUGGAACCGACCACGCGGUUCUAUAGCCACUACACAGACUCUACACCAUUGGUUGGACAGAACCGACCAGCAUGGGAUGAUGUUGUGCCUUGAUAUACAGGGGGGCAGAUAGAAACAGAGAGGGUAUGACAUCAUCAAAGGGUUUAAGACAUCAUAAGAGGAGUGUUAAUUUCUCUUUAUGUGAUGUAACAGAAAGCUGAUCCAAACCUUGUUGUGGGCUAAAUAUGUUCUGUAUAUAUUGAUGGACUGUGGAUACACUACGGAUGCAAAUGGACAAACAGCUGGAUAUUGGACAGACAUGGACCUACUGUAAUAGACAUGUGGCUUUCUAGAGUAUGUAACAAAUAGUUAAUUAUGCUCUAUCAUCCAGACGCAAUGCAAGAUCUGCAAAAUACAUGGGUGGCCUCUGGCCUGUAAGAGCUGAAUCAAAAUUGAAUAUGGGCUGAGGGCAGUAUAUCUGUAGAGAGGCUGGGCUGAGGGCAGUAUGUCUGUAGAGAGGGUGGGCCGAGGGCAGUAUGUCUGUAGAGAGGCUGGGCUUAGGGCAGUAUGUCUGUAGAGGGGCUGGGCUGAGGGCAAUAUGUCUGUAGAGGGGCUGGGCUGAGGGCACUAUGUCUGUAGAGAGGCUGGGCUGAGGGCAGUAUGUCUGUAGAGAGGAUGGGCUGAGGGCAGUAUGUCUGUAAAGGGGCUGGGCUGAGGGCAGUAUGUCUGUAGAGAGGCUGGGCUGAGGGCAUUAUGACUGUAGAGGGGCUGGACUGAGGGCAGUAUGUCUGUAAAGAGGCUGGGCUGAAGGCAGUAUGUCUGUAGAGAGGAUGGGCUGAGGGCAGUAUGUCUGUAGAGAGGCUGGGCUGAGGGCAGUAUGUCUGUAGAGAGGCUGGGCUGAGGGCAGUAUGUCUGUAGAGAGGAUGGGCUGAGGGCAGUAUGUCUGUAGAGAGGCUGGGCUGAGGGUAGUAGAAUAUCUGUAGAGAGGCUGGGCUGAGGGCACUAUGUCUGUAGAGAGGCUGGGCUGAGGGCAGUAUGUCUGUAGAGAGGAUGGGCUGAGGGCAGUAUGUCUGUAGAGAGGCUGGGCUGAGGGUAGUAGAAUAUCUGUAGAGAGGCUGGGCUGAGGGCACUAUGUCUGUAGAGAGGCUGAACCUACCUUUGUUAAUGACAUGGAGAGAAUGCUAACUACGGUGAUAUGUGCAGAAAUGGGAUUGUCAUUUCUUGUCUGCUCUGUAAGAUUCUUUACCACAGGGAGGCCCAGCCUCUUCAAGCGGUCAGGUGUAUUAAAAGGUCUGGCUUAUUGGAGCUGUCAUACCCUCAAACAUGCCUUUUGUUUGCACAAAUAGUGACACUUAAGAGAAGCUAUUUGAAGGACAGAGUUUAAUGUUGGGUUAAGCCCUCAGUUUUUCAUACAUAGGUCAAAGGUUUAAGAUCAGCUGAUUCAGGUCAGAGAUCACCUGGCUCUGCAUCAGGUCAGAGGUUAGAGACUGGUUCAGGGUCACACACAAGUAUGAUGUCUGUCAAACUAACCAGCCUCUAAAACCCUGAGUUGACCCACGUUUACCUGAUGGCCAGAGAACACCAAAAAAAAACUGCUAACUUCAAAUAUGUGGGAGAUUAAUAUAACCAUCACAGAACAUUCAUACAACCAUUAUGUAAUAUCAUAGAACGUUCAUUACACCAUUACAGAACAAUUUCAGGCACAUAGACAUGCCUAACCAAGUCAACUCUGACGUCUAACAUGGACUGAGACCACACUACGGAUGUGAGUCAGGCCGGGAGAUUCUUUUUUAUUCAAGUAGCAUUCUGAAUCCAUAUAAUCGUGAUAGAGGAACCAUUUGAAAUCAAAAUACCCAAAUAUGUACUCAAUUACAACCCUGAUAAUGUAAAUCUUUACUAUUAGGAGAGGAGAAAGAGGAGGAAAAUUAGAUAUGUGGAACAGUGAUCUACAGGAUGGAAUACAGACAGAGUUCUAAGAACAUGAUAGGCAUGAGAGAGACCAGUGGGUGGACAGAGGAAAUAAGAACAAAAUGACCUAUAGGGUGGAACAGAGGGAGUAAGAACCAAUGACCUAUAGGGUGGAACAGUCUAUCUUCAUUGUUCUCUGGAAAUACUUCAACAGCUGGAGAUGAACUGACCACCCACACACCACUACAAAACACUACACACUAAUACACACCACUACAGAACACUACACACUAAUACACACCA